GCAUAAUUGCACGGCGCGCUGCAUCGAAGACGGCGAUGACGGCGUGACAUCACAAUCGGCGCUCGCCAUUGUUAUUCUAGUUGGCGGUAUUAUUUCGGCUGGGUUUUGUUGCAUUCGAAUUUUGCGCGAAUUUCUCCGCAAGUUUGUGUUUGUACAGUGAGAUGUGAUCGAUUUUGGUGGAUAGCGGCGACUGUCGUUCUUUAAAUAUGGUGGAAUCUGAAUACACCGAUGACACCUGGGAAGACUUUUUUGGCUCAUCGCCAGAGUUGAUGCCAAGUAUUAUGGGCGCAUUUGACGCCAUAAUAGGACACCAGACGACAGACCAAUUCGCCAACGUAGAGCUGAAGACUAGCACCCCGAAGAGAAGCCACCAAGUCAGCAAUUUUGCCAACCUGUCACCUUGCGUCCAGAAAAUCCUCUCCCACGUGCCAGACCAAGAGAUCAGCAAAAAGUUCAGCUCGGAAGAGACCUUGGGGCCGAGAAGGUUCACCAGUAAACCGACGUACAGGUCGUUCAGAUCUCCCGAGAAAACGCUGAACAAGAGCAGUGAGAGCUUGGAGAUCAUUUCUUCUAAUGUGCAGAAGAUGUUGUCCAAUCUGCCUGAUACUGAGCUGGUGAUAAACGCGAGCAACUUGAGUGUGAGCAGGAACAAUUCGUAUCUUUACAACUCCUCUAGUCGGAGCGAGUUCCUCACCAAUCUGUUGACCAACGGUAACAGUAAAGGGACGAAUGGGGUGAAGAAAUUCUUGUAUCAUUCGGACGCGGGUAACAAGGAAAACGGUGACGCGAAUGUUGAAUCGAACAAUUCGGAUAUUUGUGACAGUGAAAAAUGUGAAGAUUGUGAUAGUUAUAGCCAGAAGCCGUUGGGGAGUUAUUUGCAUUCUUCUCAGGGGAUAGCUUCGAGGACGCCCGUAGGAAGGAAGAAUUUAGGAAAAUAUCUACAGGUUCCAAGUGAAAGUAGCGUUGGUACUAAUAGCAGUACUGCGUCUUCCUCAGAGGUAUCGCGACCAGUCUCCCUAACUAGUCUAGGUUCCUGUUCUUCUAGCGGAAGUAGCGGCCAUAAUCAGCCAGGUUCAGCAUAUUUAGCAUCGGUUGAAAGUCUGGAUAGUGAUCCAGAGCCCACCGGAAGUCAAGGAUCUGCUGACAGUGGGAUUGCGGAACCAGAACAGCCUCAAAUCAGUCCGGAACUCCGGGUUCUUCAAGAAGUGCUAGAAACAGAAACCGUCUAUGUAGCUGAUCUCAGCGAGGUCAUUCAGGGGUACUUGGAACCUUGGAAAGCCGACCCAGAGUGUCCCCUUGCACAGCAUCUGCAACAUCUGUUCAGCAACGUCGAAGAAAUAUACAAGUUUAACAGGGCGUUUCUUGAGGAUUUGCAACGAUCCGAUUGUGAAGCUACAAAAACUGCCAACUGUUUCCUGCAGCAUGAUUCUGGCUUCACCAUCUACAACGAAUACUGCCAAAAUUAUCCUCGCACCAUGGAAGUUUUGGGGGAAUUGACCAGAGACGAGAAUAUGGCCGCCUUAUUCAGGGAAAAACAAAUUGCACUUGGACAUGCCUUACCACUGGGUUCCUAUCUCCUCAAACCUGUGCAGAGGAUACUUAAAUAUCAUCUCCUAUUACAGAGACUGUCCAAGCAAUGCUCUCCGGUCCACAAACCUGCCGUCGACCUGGCGCUGACCACCAUGACAGGCAUCGCGACCGACAUCAACAGCAUGAAGCGCAAGCACGAGCACGCCGUCAGAGUGCAGGAGAUCCAGGCGCAGCUGUACGGCUGGAGCGGGCCGGAUUUAGCCGCCCUGGGCGAGCUCAUAGCCGAAGGUACGUUCCGAGUAGUAGGUGCCCGAGGCAGGCGGCACGUGUUCCUUUUCGAGAAGGUGCUGCUGCUGGCCAAGAGCAAACAGGGUGGCGCGUUGGCAUACAAGAGCCAUAUCAUGUGUUCAAAUUUGAUGCUGGUCGAGCAAGUUAGGGGUGAGCCGCUUUCAUUCCAAGUCAUUCCAUUCGACAAUCCCCGACUUCAAUCGACUCUCAAGGCUAGAUCGCCCCAACACAAGAGAGAGUGGACUUUGCAGAUCAAGAGAGUCAUCUUGGAGAACUACAGUGCCGUCAUUCCGAACCACGCUAGGCAAUUGGUGCUGCAACUUGGCCAAGAUUUGAAUGAAAAUGAGGACACAAACAACGAAAAGUGGUCUUACAAGCAAUAUUCCACGCCUCAUUACCUGGAAAGGAGAAGCAGGGUGCGGAAAACGCGAGACUUCAGCAACAGAAGAGCCUCCUCGCAGGACAGAUCCUUCCUUUCCCCAGGAAACUGGAGAAGAAAGUCCGAACCGAGCAUGAUACCCCAAUACAACACCAAAACCAUGCCCAAGAAAAUAACGAAGAUAAAGAAAGCCAAAGAAAUACAAAGCGCGACUUUCUACACGGACCUGUCAGACUCCGAAGUUGUUGACGAAUCGCUGGAGAGCCUGCCUCAGAAUACCAGCGAGCUGGCCAUCAACGAGGAAGAGCAGGAAGCGGCGAAUGGCGACUUGGAGAAGAUAGUUUCGGACAUUCUGAUGCAGAAUCAAAGUUUCCACAAGGCUUUUUACCGGCAGAAUGGCAGGAAGAGCGCGUUGAGCGACACGAGCGCGGCGUGGCACGAGGAUAAGUUGAGGUUGCCGGCCAAAUCGGAUUCCUUGCCAAGGUCGUUUCAAUUGAACGACCAGAUAGAGGAGGGAGUAGACUGCAAGAAUGAAAGGCUGAUGCAGGAUAUGUCGUUGAAAGAGAAUCCUGAUGUUUACAUUGAAGAGCAACACGAAGGCGACCUCUCAUCUCAACUAGACGACACCGAGCACCCCGACCACAGGAUCUACCGCAAGACGGCCAUCCGCGUCAGCCUGCUGCAGCGCGUGCGCCAGAUCAUGUCCGAGGAGCAGCGGCGUCAGCGCGGGGGCCGCGCGGCUCGCCAGCGGGGCUCGCGCGGCACUGGCGAGCGCAUCGCCCACCCCGACUACGUCGAUCCGCAGAAGUUGCUGGCGGGGCGGGGGGCGGAGGUCAAGGGGGAAGACUCGUUGGGGGAGCCGGAGCUAUUGGACCUGUCCUUAAACGAGAAAGAAGUACUUAACGAGAUCGACAAGCGCCUCAACGGCACCCCAUCGACCACCUCCACCCCCACCCUUACCCCCAAUUCUGGUCCUCCCGACGACAGCUUCUACGAGAGCAUCCUCGAGGACUCGCUCGCCGAGGAGUUUGUGCGCGACGGCAGCGGCAGGCUGAUCGCCAAGCAGGACUCGUUCAGCAGCACCGAGAGCAGGACGUCGUUCCUGCAGCGGUACCGGGCUCCUUCGACUCCUUCGACGCCGGAGAAACGGCAGGUCAUCAAGAGGCCCACCAAGGCUCCCCCGCCUAUCCCAGUCAAACCAGCGGGCUUGUCUGCCAGCAGUGGCACUCUGUCGAGGGUCUCCUGCAAAAGCCCUCUCGAAUCCACCAAGACGUUCGUCAGGAGCACCUCCAACGGGAAUUGCGGUGGCAAAGAAGUUAUUCCCAGUUCUGUUUCCUGCAAUAGCUCGCUCGAAUCCACCGAGACCUUCGUCAGGAGCACCUCCAACGAGAAUUGUGGGGGCAGGGAAGUUGCCAGUUCUGUUUCCUGCAAAAGCUCCCUCGAAUCCACCAAGACCUUCGUCAGGGGCACCUCCAACGAGAAUUGUGGCGGCAGGGAAGUUGCCAGUUCUGUUUCCUGCAAAAGCUCCCUCGAAUCCACAAAGACCUUCGUCAGGAGCACCUCCAACGAGAAUUGCGGCGGCAGGGAAGGCAGCAGGGAAGUCGCCAGUUCUUCUAGUUGGGUGAGGGCGAUGGUGGGUAGGUUCGAAUGAUUUUUGGAUGGGGUUUAGUUGAUUGUUCAGUUGGGUUCGAGUUUUUUUUUUUUGGAAAUACGAGAAUGAUGUUCAUAGUCAAGUUGGCUACAUACCGGAAACUCUUUUCGGAUAUAAUUGCACGAGUGCAUAAAAAUUACCGAUAAUUUUGCAAGAAAGCCUGUUAUCUAAAAAUUGCAAGAGUAUAUUUCCAUAUUUUGGCGAAGGAGUCCGAGUGUGUCUAGACAUCUUUAUAAAUGUGUUAUUAUGGCGACGGGAUCUCUUCGCAGUUCAAUCUUCGCUCGGAAUAUUCUUUUUUCUGUGACAGGAAAAAAGUUUGGCAUUUCAUCCCUGUUGGCAGGUUAUAAAAUGUCACUUUUCAUAAAUUACUUUUUUCCCGUGGGAAAAAAGUGAGUACUUUUUUCCCGGAUAAAUAUCACAUAUAUAUACACUAUUGAUAGCUUUUGUUGUGCUAUAGUUCCGAAAAAUGAGUUAAUAAUACCGUCUCCGAGAAAGAACUGCAAAUCCUUUUAUCUUCCAUUCGACUUCGCGGUUACGUAUAUUGCUAAAUAACCACUGCAUUCGCAAUUUCUUGAAAUCAAAUCACAAAAUUAGACUGACAGAAGUGACAUCAGAUAUUUGAUUACUUCAAAUGAAUGAUAAAAAUGCCUACAACGCGGUGUCCCUACUGUUAAAAUCUUGAAAUUUCACGUCGAUAAUUUUCAGAUUUAAAAAUAAUGUAAUAUCUUCUCAAUAUUGAUUCGUCCUUUCUUCUGUCACAGAAAAAAAAGUGUAACACGGGAAAAACAUUAGAUUUUAGCUCACGGUUUGUUGUCUCCCUCCGCUAUACGCGUCGGGAGACAACACAACCUGGAGCUAAAAUCUACUACUUUUUUCCCUUGUAUAAUAAAUAACUAUAUUAAUUUCACGAAAAGUUAUUCUUUAUAAAAAAAUCUGCAUGGGUUAGUGAUAUUUAUUUUCAGUUGUAUACGAGGUAUGUCAAAAAAAAAUGAUGGGUACAACCAACCACCCUAAAGGCGAUGCUCUGUUCGGUCUUAGCACCAACAAUUUCUAUAUUUUCAAGUUUUUUCACUGUAUAUGUUUUUCCUUCCUACGUGAGUACUGCACAACUCUCCUUUCUACCAAAUGUCUAGUAUGUUUUUUACAUUGUAGAACAAUUUUGUAAAAGGCUGAUGAUGGACCGUAGUGUCUGAAACAUGUCCCUUAUUUAGUAACUACAUCACUUGAAUAGAUGUUGUGGAAACGACAUUGUCAAAAAUUUACUUUGAUCCCAUUACUCCAGUUUUAGAGGAACACGGACUUCCACCUGAAUGAAUAAAAUAAUGUCUAUUAUCGUUUCCUGAUUUUGAUCACAGGAGGUAUUUUCAAUUAGUACAAUAUAAAUACCAAAUAUAUUUAUGAAUCCUUUACUGUAUAUGUUCGCAUGUGAACCUGGAAAUGACAUAUGGAGAUGACAUUUAGGAAUACUUCGUUCGAAUUAUUACCUUAUUCGAAAGCAUUUCAAAUAGAGAUGAGACGAUGUUUUUCAGCUGAGAGACAUUUCUCUUUGAUGAUUCUAUAAUGAUAGAAUACACUUUUUUAAUAAGAUAUGAAGACACAAAGUCAGUCGACACCUUAAUUAGUGAAAUAUUAAUGUAGGUAUUCAAGUCUAUUAUUUUACAAUUGACCAGAAAAGUGCACAAAAAACGGCCAGGAUUGUAACUUUUGAAUUAUUCUAGAAAGGUUUUUGAAAAUUGGUGGGUAGCAAGUAUACCAAAUUGCUCAUUAACUGAUGAAACAAUUUUUCUUGUAUCCCUUCCAGUUUCACCGGAAUCGACCCCAACUUCUGAUUUUUGAAUGGGACACCCUGUAUUGUAUUCCAUAAUUGGUUAGGGAUUUUCAAGACGAAUUCAACGAUACCAGGUUUGAUAAGGUUAUUUCAAACGAUUACAAAGAUAUUUGAGUUCGAAAUUUCCAUAUGCACAAUGGGUGUGACUUCGCAAUAUCAAAAAUUCUUUCUCUGUCGCACUCGUUGAGCAUAUGGGAACUUAGAUCGCGAAUAUCUACGUAAUCGUUUGAAAUAACCCUAUAUAUCAAACCCGUUAUCGAUGAAUUCGUUAUGACAAUCCCUAACCGAUUAUGGAAUACAAUACAGGGUGUCCCAUUUGAAAUUAAAAAGUUGGGGUCGUUUCCACCAAUUUUCAAAACCCUAUUUCGAAUAAUUCAAAAGUUACAGUCUCGGCCGUUUUUUGUGCACUUCUCGCUGUAUAUACUUUAAUAAGCAUAAUAUAAUGUUUUGUUUGAUUGGAAGCAAAUAGCAAAUUCAAAUGUAUAUAAAUGUAUACGAGUCUGUCAUUGCCGAUAAAGAGAGAGACAUAUCGCAGUCAUCUAUAUUAUCAAUCUAUAUACAUCAGGGUGUUUAAGAAAUGUUAACGAUAAAUGAAGUGGAUAAUCGGAGAUAAUAUCAAUGAAACGAAGUGAAAGAAAAUAUUUCGAAAGAACUUGAUCUUCAAAGAGUUUCUGAAAUUUUUGUGAAUGACUGAUUAGAGUUAGAGUCCCAAGUACCUACCUGAAGUGGUGUGAGGGAACUUAAAUUAUUAUUUUUUAGGAUUUAUAUCAUCAUAAUUUUAUUUCUCAUUUUAUUAAUUGCUCCAAUUCCGGAAUCACCUUGUACAUGAGCAGAAAGUAUAGAGAAUUCCAACUCAAUCUGAAUAUAGUUGUUCAAUUUUGACGUCGAUAGUAAUAAUUAUUGAACAGUUGAAAUAUGAUACUCUGCCUAGAUGGUCGAAAGUGGCUUUUGAGCAAAAUAUCACUUAAAAACUCACAAAGGGUGUUAGAUCGAAUUAAAAAAAAUGUAUAUAUAGUGUGACCCACUUAAGUCCGGAGCACCCUUAUAAAAUCUAUAGUUUUUAACGAGUUUCUCUGUUUUUUGUUUCAGCAGAAAGACUAUCCUGAGAUCUACGUUUACACAAAUUUGCGAAAUAAAAUUCCAGUCUACAGGGAAAACUUUGUUAUUUUUUUCAUGUUAAAAAUUGCGAAAUAUUAUUAUCGAUAUUUUCCGAAAAAAAUCGACCCCACCACUGAAUUCAGCAUCCUUCAAUUAGAUUGAGAGGAAAAUUUCAUCGAUAAAUAUCAAUUGGCAACAAAGUUAUAACAACAUUAAUUUUGAUUAUUCACUAUUUUUCAUGAAUAUUUCAGACAAAUUCUGAGAAGCGGCAACAUUGGCAACACAAAUGUUGGAAAUCAUCAAUAGGUUUCUGGUAUACAUUUGAAUUGAUAACACAAAUUAUUAUCGAGUUAUUACAUCUGAAACGGAAUUUAUCUUGGUAUUCAUGGAAAGAUUCAUAAAAUGAAAAAUCCAUAACGUCGAAAAAUCGGCCUUGUUCAUCCAAGUAAUUAGUGUUAAAAAAUCGGAUAGUCUGUAUAGUAAGAUAAUAUCAGAAGCCAAAAACAUAAAGAGCUUUCAGAAAUUGUUGGUUUACAUUGAUAAUUAACUUAUUAUGAGAAGCUGUUUUUCCGACUUCAUUACUUCAUUCCAAAAGGGUACCAUUCUAGAGAUUAUAACUCGAUGAUAAUUUGUGUUAUCAAUUCAAAUGUAUACCAGAAACCUCGAUGAUUUCCAACAUUUGUGUUGACCAUGUUGCCGCUUCUCAGAAUUUGUCUGAAAUAUUCAUAAAAAAUUGUGAGUUAUAACUUUGUUGCCAAUUGAAAUUUUUCAAUGGAAUUUCGCGCUCAACCUAAUUGAAGGAUGCUGAAUUCAGUGGUGGGGUCGAUUUUGUUUGAAAAAAAUCGCUAAUGAUAUUUCGCAAUUUUUAACAUGAAAAAAAUAAUAUAGUAGGUAUGCCCUGUAGAUUGAAAUUUGAUUUUGCAAAUUUGUGUGAACGUAGAUCUCCGGAUAGUCCUUCUGCUGAAACGAAAAACAAAGAAAUCGGUCAAAAACUAUAGAUUUUAUGAGGGUGCUCCGGUCUUAUGUGGGUCACACUGUAUAUAAACGUGAAUCUAUUCCAGACAAUAACAAAAAUUUGACAAUAAUAAUUCUCAUUUAUGGUGCUUAUAAUAAUCAUAUCUAACUGAACAAUCAAAUUAACCUUCCAUCUGUCAUAAUUUUCCAUUGUGCUAUAUUUACGGCUGUUUGAUAAUAAUAAUGAUAGUUUAUGAAUGUUGUUAUCACAAAAUAUCUUUCAAUAUUGAAAUGUGUUCUUCUAUACGUUAUAAUAACGGAUUUGUACAGAUAUUUGAGAGUAUUACCUAUAUAUUUUAAGCUUUCUUCACUUCUCGCACAAUUUAAGUAGAGGAUUUGAAAGUAAUUCUAACAAUGUUGAUGUAUAGAGAAAUCUACUUGAAAUCGUUUAUAUUUUAAAUGUGCCAAAUAAGACUAUUUUAACUGAUGAAUUAAAUUAUUGUUGAAUAUAAGAACUUACUAAUAGUUUUGUGAAAUAUUUCGAGAAUAUAUUAUAAUGCAAUAUUAUAUGAUAUAUUAUAUUUACUUGAGUUUCAUUUUCUUAGCUGCCAAAUAAUUCCCCACAUGUAUUUUAUCCUGAAAUAUCCUGAAUUCCAUCUCAGUGAUCCAACUCACCUCUCCUGUAUCAAUAAUUUACAGAAUGAUGAAUAAACAGGGUGAUCUACACAAACAAUUCACCUUGAAUAACUCUCAUUCAGGGUAUAGGUACUUUACUCUGCACCUCUCAAUAAUUAAGGAUCCUAGAGUUGAAGAGACUGAACUUUCAUUUACUAAUGUUAUUUUAUAUACCUAUACAAAAUCAUUUGUAUUUCU